AUGGCUCGGGGUGAGGGAAUAACGCCUCCCGAGACUGCAAAGUCGAGCGCGUCGCGUGUGCUGCAGCGUACACGUAAACAACUCGCGAACAUGGAGGAGCUGGCCAAUGCUGCCAAAGCGACGCUCAAUUAUAUUGAGCAUAGCGACAAGCGGCUUCAAGACGAAUUCGUUAUCGGCUUCGUCAAACAGGUACAACAAUUCGCUGCCCAGGCUCAAAACGGCGUGGGCAACCCUGAAGGUCUCGCGGGCUUCCAGCGGCUGCUACAAGCUCGCCCUCAUCCACUUCCGACCCCCUGGCAGCAAACCCCCCCCAUAGGCAUCAACGCGAACACCCCUCUCAAUCUCGGGGGCGGCCGUCUGGUCCCUCCUAGCGACUCAGCCCGCCUCCUAGGGGUGAUGCUGAACUACACCUCCUGCCCAUGCGGGAGCGCCUCCGAGAGGCUCGGCUCAGGGCCCUCUCGCGCAUCGCGUCCACCCCAGCGUUUGCCCACCCCAGGCAGCUCCGGGUACACCACCCCCGGGAGGUGCUACACUCCUACACAGACACCCAGAGCGCACUUCUCAACCUCCGGCACCCCUCCCACGGCUCCGGGUAGUACAUCGCCCGCGAGACCACCCGUCUGCUGGAACAGCGCCGGGAGCGAGGGGUGGCACACCCGCUUCUACCGGAUCCCCGCGCACGUGGGGGUCCCAGGCAAUGAACUGGCAGACAAGAUGGCCAAGAAGGCCACCGGAUGGCGCCCUGGCACCCCCGCUAUCAGGGUUCGCAAUCAAGCCGCUGCAAUCGGCAGUGGAUUGGUGGAGUAG